GACGCUAAGAAAGUGUAAGUGUGUUGAGGGCUUGAGGGACACAAAUCCGGGCUAUGGAAAACCAUUUUAGCGCUACACGCCCCACAGCCACGUCUAGAAUGAGCACCGCCGCCGCCACCGCCAACAGCAAUAGCCACAACAACAGUGGUGUCAAUGCCAACAGCCAUGGAAACAAUGUGGCAGCCGGAUCAGCCAAUGCUCAGCCGAUUCAAGUGAUACCCAUGCCCGCCGGCAUGGGCCUACUACCGGCUGGAGCGGCUCAAAUUAUAAUUGGCCAACAACCCCAGGCGCAGGCCGCAACGGCAGGUCUGCAACCUCAACUAAUCCCUCUGCAAGCCAACCAGAUUAUGCUUCAGGCGCAGCAGCAGCCACAGAUGCAGGUGAUGCAACUGCCGGAUGGCCAAACAAUCUUCUAUCAGACGCCCACUAUUGCCGCCCUGGAUCCCAAUGCGGCUGCAGCAGCGGCAGCUGGUUUGACGCCCCAGCCCUCUUCCCAUUACCUCAAUAUCAAUGGACAGCUGGUGCAAAUAACUCCAGCGGCUAAUGCUAGCCAGGCGACAGCCACUGGUGGUCAGCAGAUCAUCAUGGUGCCACAGACAGCCAUGGCUGCAGUCAAUCCCGCAGCAGCGGCCGCCGGAGCCACAGGCGUUGUGGUAGCCCAGCAACCGCAGCAGCAACAGGCCCAAUCGCAACCGCAGCCACAGCAACAACCGCAGUCCACAUCAGCCGCUGCUAACUCUUCCGCCAACAAUAUUAACGCCGAUGUCAGCACCAGUACCACAGGAACAAAUACAAACAGCGAGGACGAGAGCUCCAAGGGGGAGGCGGACGAGGAGCCGCUCUACGUGAAUGCCAAGCAGUACAAAAGGAUUCUAAUUCGGCGGCAAGCCAGGGCGAAGCUGGAGUCCCGUAUACCCAAGGAGCGCUGCAAGUAUUUGCAUGAAUCUCGACACCGGCAUGCCAUGAACAGGGCCCGAGGCGAGGGUGGACGGUUCCAUUCGGCCCAGGAGAAGGGCGAUCAGUCGGGCUCGGAUGGCGGUAGUCUACCGAUGUCGCAAAGCAGUAGCGUGACCCUGAGCAGAGGCACAGCCAGAGCACCACCGAAGCUGAUCGCGCCGCACCAAACACCCAGCAUCACCAUCACGGCAAUAAAAACGGAGUCGUCGCUGUAGAUACACACACACACAACUAGAUGAUAGUUCAUAGUCCUAAGUCGUGCUAACGCCACACUCUGUGUCACCCACCUGUGUCCAACCUUAAAUCCAUCCGAGUUUUGGUUUUAAAUCCUGGUACUAUUGUACUUCAGGAGCCAGCAAGGGUGUUGUAAUUUUUUCUUUAAUUCGUUUUCGAAGCCAUUUUCCAGUCACUUUUCCAAAAAUCUAUUCAGCAUUAUUUAUAUUAUUAUUUAUACACCAAUUAUACCAUUUACAACAAUGCAAUAUUUAA